AUGGCAUCCUACCUGGUCACCGGCUCAUCAAGAGGUCUCGGCCUAGCUCUAGUGUCCCGCCUAGCCUCCCUGCCCUCCGCACAAGUAGGCAAGAUAAUCGCGACCGCGCGCCAGGACAAUUCGCCUCAACUCACGGAGCUCGUGAACACCUCAUCUGGCCGAGUUGAGCUGGUCAAAUUGGAUGUAACAAAUAAGUCCAGCAUCCAAGAAGCAGCUAAAUUGGUGGAGGGGAAGUUGCAAGGGAAGGGGCUGGACUAUCUCAUCAAUAAUGCGGGCUUGAUGGAUUGGAGUUCGACUGGGUUGGAGGGAAUGGAUAACUUGAAUGAUAUCUUCCAUACGAACGUUACCUCUGUUCAUAAUGUCACGCAAGCCUUUCUACCUCUAUUGCGCAAGGGCGAGAAGAAAGUUGUCAUCAAUAUAUCAACAACACUGGGCUCCUUCGCAAAAGCCGAGGUCUACAGACAAUCCCCCACACCCGCCUACAAAAUAUCCAAAGCCGCACUGAACAUGUUGACAGUGCAAUAUGCUCAGCAAUACGAGGCCGAGGGGUUUACAUUAUUAGCUAUCAGUCCAGGUUGGCUACGUACCGACCUGGGCAGCGCUCGAGCAGAUCUGCCAGUGGAGACUGGAGCAGAGAAGGUUCUGGAUAUCGUGCAGCAAACUGGACCCCAUCAGAAUGGGAAGUUUUUGAAUAUUCAUGUCCCUGGUUGGGAGAAUGCGUCCGGGAAUAAUCAGUAUGAUGGGGAGGAGGUAGCUUGGUAG